AAUACAAAGAAAUAUAUUUAAAUUCGAAUCAGACUUUUACAGCAAUACCUUGACUUACAAGUUGAAUUCGUUCUGUGACCAAGCAAAUCAAUUAUGAAAAAAAUCUGACAAUUAUGACCGUACUAAAGUUGGGACAAGCCGAAAGUCAACAACAGCGUGCGUGUUAAUGCUCUUUGUGCUUUUUGAAGCUGAUUACUGUAAUUUACAUGCGUGAGUUGAGCCGGAGUCGGGUUGGCCGGUUAGUCAGCGUGUGAGCGUCUGGCCGUGAGUGGUGGCGUACAGCAGCUCCUCGCGGGUGUUGUCAUUUUGGAUUUGUGGUGACUGUCGCUAUUUACAAAAUUUGACUUACGACAUCUCACUUUGUCCCCCCCAAAAAACAAAACAAAAAUGAAGCAAGCACUGGCUCGUAAGUCAAGGUACGACCGUCUGCCGUUGCGCGUAAGACGUCGAGGUCGUAACGUGCCAUUGUUGCGUUUGCGUCCCAUCAGCGAGCGGAUGGCCGAGUGCAGUCCCGUCUCCUGGCUGCGACAAAGACGAGUGUCCGUCAACUGCAGCUGUCCGUCACAGGAGGACAAGAUGGAGGCGUCACUUCAGGGGACCGCCACGCACAGACUCAGGUGUCGACGCCUCGCUUGCUCCGCCCACUUUGAAGCCACCCGCCCUCACACUUCCUCUUUGCUUUCCAGAGUUUCCUCUCAGCUUCCGGCGCCGCCCGGCAGCCAGUGCCACCAAAACCCGCCUGAGUGGUUCCGCUCGCCGGAGAGCGGAGUGACGCCGAACUCCUCCCCGAGUCCCACCAGGAGGUUCAGACCCGUGGGUGGAGCCAACAUCAGAUGUCCUGCCUUGACGCCACUCAAGCGGAAAGUGCCUCAGCUGCAGACUCCGCCCCCAGAGGAGUUGGUCCUUUGUCUCCGCCCACUUUCACACCAUUCACCACCCACCCGCCACAUUAACCCCACCCCCACGCAAGUCCUGCCUCUUCUCGCGCCAAUGGUGCGCCGUGAUGACGUCACAAGUGGGGCAAGACCAGAGAAGUGGGCGGAGCCAGCCUGGAAGUGCCUCGGACUCGGUCCGUUUAACGUUGGACAACUGAAUUCCCACGGAGAGUUUCCAAUUUGGAAUAUUUCCACAAUUCCCGAGCUUAACGUUCCUAUGGAAAUUUAGCGGAAACUUUCCACGCCGUCGCAACCGAAAUCUUGCGCAAGAAGGACCGACGUUAAGUUUCCGCGGCCAUCUUCGACGGUCGUCAAUGGAGUGGGCGCCCUUCGGCCAGUCGAUUGGUUGACUCCUGCCCGCCAUCAGUGCGAGCAGCAGCAGCAGCGCACCCAAGUGGACGCUCCCCGUCCCUGCAUCACCGCCACCAGUUUGUUUUUGUUUGUUUGUUUUCACGUGACAGUGUUGGUGUGUACACACAGGGGUUCUCAAACCUUUUGGGUCCAGGGCAAUCAUUUUUCUACCCAUAAAUUAAUACCCCCUAAAAAGUCAGUUACUAUAACAAAUUGACACUUUUUUUCAGUUGUAAUAUGAGAAUAGUCUUAUUUUGUUCAAGUUCUUUACAAGAACGAGGAUGUAUUCUGUAGAAAAAGUCAUUUUAUAAGAAUACAAAUGACCUGAUCAUUGUGCUAUAUUAAAGUCAGUUUAACGAGGGUUUGGGAUGGUUUAGAACAAGUGAAAUUCUAAAUUGCAUUCUUACAUUGUCUUUAUAUUUGGCAAAGGACGCACUAAAGAAAUACGACGAUAUUCUAUCUAAUCUAUCAAGAUGAUUUUGUGACGCCCAGUUUGAGAACCACUGGCGUACAGCGCCGUGCAGAAGUCUUUAGCCCACCGCGCGACACGAGGGGGACAAUUGUGAACAAAUUGUCCACUUGGCGUCAAUCUGGACCAAAUCAAGGAUACAGGGAUACUGUAGAUGGAUAUUUCGUUACGGUGACGUAACACCGUCUGUCUCUUUGGAGAUUGUGCGCUAAUGAAUAUCGGGACAAACUAACAAGGAGGGUGCACUACUCAGAUUUGUUUUCCACUUUUACGAGCAGUCUAACCCUGGCGGAGCUAUGUGCUCAACGGACUGUCGUCGUAGUCGUACAGUCACCCCUGUCCCCGUAUAUAUUCAGAGAACAGAGAACACACCCGCUGUCAAUACAUUUAAACACAUUAGAAGGCACUUUUUCAAGUAUUGUUGUCGCCGGCUCACACGGUUCUCCAAAUAAGAAGCAAAGUGCCAGUUGUAGAUUCCUGGAAAACUGACACAGAAAACAAAAUGACUCAUCAUUGGACCUCACAUUUCAUCCAACAAAAGUCCACUAGCUUAAUGCUAACGUGGAAUGCCAUAGAUGGGCUAACAGAAAUGUGCGUGUAUUCUAACGCUCCAAACUGCUACUUUAACACACACAGCUGCAACGCAUGCAUACGGCAUAUAUUCUCUCCGCACUGUGUGCUCAACGGAUAUUGCUGGAGUUUAGUUGGAGACCUUCUUUGCCUCUUCACGCGCUUCAAAUUAACCAUCCGCUUAUCUGUACUCGUAAGAUGUCAGUGUGUUUAGGGCAUUGUUAAUACCCGAAAUGUAAAGGUGGACUAACGACUUCUGCACAGCCCGUUAGCUUAGCAUGUUGUUAACAUCCAAGUCCAACUAUUUCUAUGAACGUUCUCUGGCGGCAACAGGAAAAGGUCAACGACGAAAGGACACGUUUGUCCAGUUGCGGCAGAGAAAACGUUCGCCGACGCCAAACUGUUUUCCCGUCAGUUUGCAUUUGGACUUUUUGUGCUCAGGAAAGUUUUGGUGCCAAAGACGCCGCCGAAAGCGACGAGCCGCUUCCUCCGUCCCGGAUUUCGCACAUCAGCCUCCGAAUGACAUUGAAAGAACGUUUGGCGUUUUUGCAUCGUGACGUUGGAGGACGACGAGUUUGUGUCAAGAAAAAGUGACUUGAUGAAGUCAAGGCACAAGAAGGAAAUCUUUUUUUUUUAACAAUUCAAAGAGCAAAAAGAACAACUUGCGUGAGAAGUGAAAUAUUUUUAUGCAACCUUCUGAAAAUACAACAAGGUCUACUCUGGAUAA